UUAUUCAGAUGAAAGUUGGCACAAUGUUUGUGCGUAAUAUCUUAGAGAAAUAUUCCUAUAUUGGUUUUAUAGCCGAUAUUAUAAUAAUUGGUGUUAUAUCAUUUCUAAUUCAUCAUCGUAGAUUGAUAUAUUUAACAUGGAAAUAUCCAAAAGUCCGUGGUUUUGUGCACGUGCCAUUGUUUGGACAUCUUGGAGUCUUAAGUUACAUCAAUCCAUCAAUGCAAAACUUUAUGAAACUGUGUGAGUAUUUAACGCAAGAAUCUGGCCGAAUGAUUUACGCCGGUGGAAUUAGAAAUAUUAUGGUUAGCAAAGUGGAACAUUUGGAAGUGGUGCUCACACAUCCUAAUACCCAACAGAAGCACUACAUCUACGAUUUCUUCGAGGGGUUUGUUGGUGAUAGCAUUUUUCGCAUCGGCGGUAAGCAGUGGAAACGAAACCGGAAAGCCAUGGCGCCGACAAUGCACCAUGAAGCAGUGGCUCCGCACACUGAAGAUAUGUGUAAGUGUGUUAGUAAGAUGGCAGACAGAUGGGAAAGUAAUAUCGGACGUACAUUCGAUGCCAUGCCGGAUUUAGCCAAGUGUAUUAUUGAAAUGUUUGCAAAAGCUUCAUUUGGUGUGGACUUGAAUGUACAGGAAAAUGGGACAAAAUUGGAUCAUUAUACAGAUUUAUUUUUGGAGUUAUCGAUGUAUAGAGUAAUGGCGGUUAUUAAACAUCCGGAUUUUAUCUACAGAUGGACCAAGGAUUAUAAAAUUCAACAAGAAGCUCUUAAAUACGGACAUGGUUUUACUGAUCAAAUCUUUGAGGAACGAAAAGCAAUAUAUGACGAGGAACAAACAUUUUUAAAAGACGAAGCCUCAACAAAUGAGAAAGAUUCUCCCAGAAAAAGAAAAUUCAUUGAUCAUCUUUUCGAUUUAAGCAAAGAAACAAACUUUACUCCAAAACAAGUGAAAGAUGAAGUCAAUACUUUUAUGAUUGCUGGUUUUGACACGUGUACUUCAGGUGUUUCAUUUACUUUACUCACACUUGCAAUGCAUCAGGAUAUUCAGAAGAUGGUGUACGAAGAAUUAAUAGAUAUUCUCGGUCCUGAUCGCCAUCCAGAGUAUUCUGACCUCUCAAAACUUGUAUACCUAGAACAGGUAAUCAAAGAAACAAUGCGAUUGUUUCCCCCUGCUCCAAUUAUCGCACGCGUAGCUGAAGAAGAAUUUAAUUUAGAUGCACAUGUUGUGCCAAAAGGUACACAACUAGGAAUUUACUUAUUAAAGACCCAUAGAUCGGAAUUGUAUUGGAAGGACCCUCUAAAGUUUGAUCCGGAGAGGUUUUCGAGUAAGGAACUUGGCAAACAACACAAAUAUAGUUAUAUUCCUUUUCUAGCUGGGCCUAGGACAUGUUUUGGAACAAGAGUGGCUUGGAUUACAUUAAAAUGUUCAAUUGCAACGUUAUUAAGAAGAUAUAGGUUUUUCACUCCUUUUGAGAGUGUUGAGGAUAUAAAAUUGGGGAUUAAAAUGACUCUGAAAGCAGAAGAUGGUAUAUUAUUGAGUUUUCAGGAGCGAGAAACAAAAUGUAAAGGAAAAACGGCAUAAUAAUUUUAUGUUAAUAAAAAAACGAUAAAUAAUUA